CGGACAUUGGGUUACACGAAUAGCGUUAGCAAUAACGAUCUCUACGCUUACAUCGACUCUUUGCCUAUUUCCACUGAGCAAAGUUUCAGUUUGAAUAAGGUCAGCCAAGCAGAAGUAUUAAAAGAAUUGCAUAAUCUUCGUAAUGAUAGUUCGACAGGUCCUGAUCAAAUUCCAUCAAAGUACAUUAAACCAGUUGCUGAUAUAAUCGCAGCUCCUCUGACACACAUUAUGAACUCCUGUAUUGAUGCUAACUCAUUUCCCUCUGCUUGGAAGAUCUCAAGAAUAUCUCCCAUUCCUAAAACGGAAACUCCAAAGACCCAUGAUGAUUUUAGGCCUAUCGCAAUCCUACCUGUCUUAUCCAAGAUAUAUGAAAGACUCGUCCUCAAACAGCAUGCAGUUGCCUUUUAUCGACAACUGUCUUAA